AUGGACUUAAGUCUAGCAUGUCCUAAUCUGCCCGGAAUUCGCAUCCUUUCUGGCCACUCUGGCUUCCCAUGCAGCUGGCAGACUCGAGGAUGUCGACUCUCGGGCGAUCCAGUCUCGUGGCAAACUGAACCCUUGGAAGGCCGCCGAGGAAUCGAGACUUCAGGCAACCGCUGUUAUCGGCCGAUCCGCCCGAGUAGAGACGUCUUCCGCACAAAGCCCGGACACCCCGGACUCGGGCCAAACCUCGGACUACGUCUAUUCUGCCUGUCACUUGUGUCUGUAACACGAGUCAGGUCAUGUGUCUUUUUACCACUGAUCAAAGCCUUCCUUUUUGCCAAAUCAUUACUGGGCAAAAUGGAACUUUCUGUGCUCCAGGUUUCAGAAUUUGGAAGACAAAUUGCCACUUGCCAGUGA